GCGUUAUACGGUCUGCGGUCACACUGAAACUGAUCGUGCGUCUGUAGUUUGAAAUUCGCGUCGUUCGUAACAUUUUUUUUUGUUAUUAUUCUAAAACAUGGCCAACUUGGACGAAACAUUUGAGAAGCCAGAGUUCGACUGGAGUGCCAUCAGCGUGGGAGACUACAAGCUGGAUCACUCUCAGAAUUUCUUCGCCAACAAGGAAAACAACCGCAAUUUAAACAAUGAUCACCACCAGCAGCUCAUCUUCAGCAACUGUGCCACCCCCACAUUAGCCAAAUUCAAGCCGGAGAAGGAGCCACUAGAGGAAAAGAUCAUAAAGGACGAGAUCCAGACGAAAGUUGCCCAGGAGGCAAUGAGUAAGUUGAAGCUCGCAGAAGACACAUCCAAUCUACCACCAAAGGAGAGCCCAGGGACGGAAACCGAGCCAACACCACCAUCAGGAAGUUCCGCACAGCUGGAGCAGAAAAAGCUAAUAUUCAUAAAGGACGAGAACGAGACGAAGGGAGCGAUGUAUGACGAUAUUGAGAACAUGCCCGAGGCUGAUGCUGCCAGAGUAACCCGCGGUAAUCUGCGCAUGCAAUGGAGCCCCAUUCGUCACGAGCAUGAAGGAGUCGUGGCCGGAACCGCCGCUGCUUCUGCUCCUGUCCCGAAGGCAUACGCUUUCAAGGACCUGUACGAGUGCAAUCGUCAGCAGGCGCGCCGCCGGCAAGAGGAGGAGGAUCGUCAGGCGCGCCAAUUCCACAGCCGACCCAUGCCAAAUUUUAAGGCCAUGCACAAGCGCAUUGACGACAUGGUGGUCGUGCAUAGAAUCACCGUACCACGGACGCCCCAAACGAUCAAGUACUGGAAGUCGUGCGUGGAGCGGCGCCGUCAGGACAAGGAGGAGCAGCGGCAGCCGAGCCUGGAGCCAGUGCAUCCGCAAACACGCCACAAGACAUUUAACCUACACAGCGACCAGCGCGUGCGCGAUCGCCGUGAUUUUGACUCUGCCGUCCAGGAGAGGCAAGUACAAAAGAAGAAGGAGCAAGAAGAACAACGUAAACGAUGCGAGGAGGAGGAGAUCAAGGAGAUACGCAAGAUGACGGUCUUCAAGGCGCGUCCGAAUCCAUUCAAGUAGUGCUCGAGAGAUGGUCAACCCCAAAAUUCUUUAUAUAUAUAUACAUACACAUAUUAUUACUUAUUACUUUUGUCCAAAAUUAGAAUGAUGUGAAAGCGUUGCAUAGUUGUACAAUGAUUAA